ACAUCAGCAACAACAAGGGUCGCAGCGGCGGACGCCAGCAAAUGUCAACAACUUGCCAUACCAGCCCAGCGGAGUACGUAGGCGCAGCCAGCUGUCAGAGCCAGGCGGUGAUGAUUAUCUCCUAUGUGGACCCUAAAGGUGAGCUGCACGUGUCGCCAGCCAACAGCCCACUGACACCACCGGUGACGGCUGCUGGCGUGUUCCGCCGAGGAUCGGGGUCGAAUAACGGCGUGCAGCAUAUGGCCAGAAGCGGCGUGAAUCCGUCAGCGAUGCCCCAGCCGGCCCGGUACCACGGCACGAACCAGCCGCAUUCGCCGUAUUAUGCACACGGAUCUGCAUCAUCGCCCAUGUUCAAUUACCGCGGAGUCACUGCACCAGCGACACGGACCGCAUACGCGACCACGUCGCAUGGAUCGCGGUAUUCGGCAGGUGAAGCCAGCGCCAGCGCAACAGUCGGACCGGCAUUUCUGGGUAGCGACCCAAAUGCUCCUCGCCAGCACUACCCUGCAGGCCAUGCCCGGCCUGGGGUACGUGGCAUGUUUGAGCCGGUGGUGACUGCGGCGCCGACUAGCGGAGCGUGGUCGCCUGCCCAGGUUCCGGUGACUACACGGCCAAUGUCAGCCACAACGCCGUCUAGACGGACGUCGAUAUCGCCAGUACUCACUGCGCUGCAGCCAGCAGGCUACCACAUUGCCAAUCUACCCGACGAUGGUGAUUCAGGAUUCGUCUGAUUCAUCAGAGAACGAGUUUGGCGGGCCGCGGGUUGUGCGAGUAUCGUUCCCGAGACUCAACGACGCAGCUGGUGUUCCCAAUAUUAACACUGCUGUUAGUCGUGGAGUGCGGCCAGCAUCUGACGUGGUGGCGACGCCGUUGUCUGGUGGUCAAUGUGUCGCCCAGUGCGCUCGAUGUAUCGGCGUCUCCGAGUUCAGUCAGCGAGUCCGCGCGCAGCAUUGCAUCGCCACACACUGCC